AUAGCUUAUUGCUCGGACAUGGAUAAGUCCGUGCUUGCAAACAAUUUCGAGAAAAGAGGAUGGAUACAAGUAAAUCCAGACGACGAAUGGAAUUUCUAUUGGGCAGGCGCGCAAACGUGUCGCUCGCUCUUCAGUGUUGACAGUGGCUACAGGAUGAAUGACAACCAGAUGAUCAACCACUUCCCGACGCACUACGAACUCACGCGGAAGGACCUUAUGGUGAAGAACGUGAAGAGAUACCGUCGCGAAUUGGAACGCGAAGGAUCACCUUUGGCAGCCAGGGAUGCUACGGGCCGUUACAUACAUCUGGACUUCCUCCCAACAACGUUCAUGCUUCCUGCGGAUUACAAUCUUUUCGUCGAGGAAUUUCGUCGCAAUCCCAACACCACUUGGAUCCUCAAGCCUGCCGGUCGUUCUCAGGGCGUAGGCAUUUUUUUGGUGAACAAACUGGCUCAGAUAAAAAAGUGGUCGCGGGACACCAAGAGUUCAUUUAACCCUGCGCUCGUCAAGGAUACCUAUGUUAUCUCCAGAUACAUUGAAAAUCCGCUCCUCAUUGGUGGGAAAAAAUUUGACUUGAGAAUAUACAUUCUGGUGACGUCCUACCGACCACUGAAAGCAUACAUGUACAAGCUAGGAUUCUGCAGGUUUUGCACUGUUCGCUAUGACACGUCAGGACAGGAGCUUGACAACAUGUUCGUCCACCUCACAAAUGUCUCCAUUCAGAAACAUGGGGAAGAGUACAAUAACGUCCACGGGGGAAAAUGGCCCAUGAGAACCCUCCGUCUCUACCUAGAAGGAACUCGAGGCAAGACAAGCACAGACAAGCUCUUCACAGACAUCACGUGGCUGGUGGUUCACUCCCUCAGGGCUGUUGCUCCCAUCAUGGCUUCAGACAGACACUGCUUCGAGUGUUAUGGUUAUGACAUUAUCAUCGACGAUCAGCUGAAGCCGUGGAUGAUCGAGGUCAACGCGUCCCCUUCGAUGACGUCAACCACAGCCAACGACAGAAUACUCAAGUACAAGCUGGUGGAUGAUCUUAUUAACAUUGUACUACCACCAGACGGGAUACCCAACGUCCACUGGAACAAAGUCCCGACUCCGGACAAGUACGGCGACUUCGAGCUGCUGAUCGACGAGGAGCUGUACCAGAACAGCGACCACUCGUCCAGCCACCGCGGAGGCCGUCAGUCCGAUCGCCACUCCGCCCCUCGCAGCUCCUCCAAGAAGGCCGAUGUUGGAUCGCCCAAGGAGACCGUCCGCUCGCAGGUAGAGGUCGCUUACGGAGAGGAACCAGGUUAUAACGACCCGACCACCUCUUCAGCAGCGUCCAGAUGGCUAUAUGAUCGUUUACACAAUGCUAAAUUAUGUCAGGUGUCCCUUGCUAUCUUAUAUCUCAGACAAACUACAAAGAAGGUUUAA